CCUCAUGAGCCCAGCCCUGCAGAUGACAGCGUUCGGGCUCACUCUUCUCUCAACACUCUUCCUACUCCUGGCCACGUGCACGGACUGCUGGAUGGUCAAUGCUGAUGACAGCUUGGAGGUAAGUCACAAAUGCCGAGGCCUUUGGAGGGAGUGUGUCACCAACAUGCAGGAUGGGGUUAGGACCUGUGACCAGUAUGACUCCAUCCUGGCUGACCACCCAGUGAAGAUCGUGGUGACACGGACCCUGAUGAUCACAGCAGACCUCCUGGCUGGCCUGGCUUUGGCUACACUGCUCCUUGGGCUCGACUGCAUCAAGUUCCUCAAGGAAGAGCCUUGUGUCAAACUGAGGAUGUGCUACGGGGCCGGAGUCAUACUCGGCAUUGGGAGCAUCCUGGGGCUCGUGGGCUCCGUGUGGUACGCGGUGGACGUGUACGUGGAGAGGGCCACGCUGGUGUCACACAACAUAUUCCUGGGAGUCCACUACGACUUCGGGUGGUCGUGCUGGCUGGGGAUGGCUGGCUCCACCGGCUGCUUUGUGGCAUCUGUCCUGCUGACCUGCUGCCUCUAUGCCUGCACAGGUCAGUCUGCCCUGUCCCACCCCACCCCAUCUCAAGUAGCUUUUUGCCCUGCAGGGAUGUGA